GUGGACAUUGGGUAGCCUAUGUGGCUAGUUGACUGAUAUUUAGAUUAAUUAUCGCAAGAGAUGUAAGCUGGAAGAAACCCCUAGGGCAGACAAAACAUCAUUCUUAAACACAACUCUUAUUUGGAGACAAUCAUGUUUUUUACAAACACUAGCAUGGCUUUUUCAAGUAUGUCGUAUAAAAGCACCGUAGCGUCUGACACAAUAUCAGAUGAUGUCACACAGCGCGGCAUUUACAACGUUUCUGCAACUAUUAAUGCCGUGAAUGCUACAUUCGAACCAGGAACAGAGAUAACAGAAACUAUGUAUGACUACAUGUAUGAAGACUAUGAAGAAUAUAUCGAGUUCAAAAUUGCAGAUAUCCUUAACACGUAUGUGUUGUUUGGUAUCAUCAUCGUCGGGCUUGUUGGCAAUGUGACGUCGAUAGUAGUAUUACGUUGUUCAAGUAUGUUCUUGAAUCCACCAAGCGUUUACCUCAUAGCAUUGGCGAUAUCUGAUUCAUUCGCAUUGAUAUUGGGAGGUGGGAGAGUUUGGGUUAUAAGUUUAUGGGACAUAGAUAUACGUGAGUUACAUGAAUGGGUCUGCAAGAUACAUCAUGUGGCAAUUUAUACCCUGCUGGAUUUCUCCGCCUGGUUGUUGGUUGCACUUAGCGUGGACCGCGUUAUCACAGUGUAUAUGCCGCUACGGGCCAAGUUGGUGUGCACGAGGAUACGGGCAGUUAUUGUGUCGCUGUGUAUCCUAAUCACACUUAUCCUUAUCAACGGACACUACCUGUUUACUGUCGGCUAUUUCGCCGUGAUCAUUGACAAUGAGGUCGUUUAUGAGAGCAAUUGCUACAUCGUUGAAGGUUUGGAAACAUUUCACACAGAAUAUUGGUUUUGGAUCGAUGCGGUUUUUGCUUCUUUCCUCCCAUUUACUCUACUUAUGAUUUCGAAUAUUACGAUUGUUGUCGUAAUUAUUAGGGCCUCACAACGUCGCAGACAAACCAUGCAGGCUGUAUCCAGUUCGUCGUCAUCUGAUAACCAAACACGCUCUCUUACGAUCAUGCUGAUUUGCCUGUCGAUAACUUUUCUCAUCCUUACGGGGCCAGUUGUUGUGUUUUUUCUUUUGGAUAGGUUGAAUGUUGAUCCAAAAGAAGAAGCAUCCUACGACCGUGUUAAGUCGCAUAUGUAUAGUGUGAUAGUCUUCUGUCUGAUGUAUACAAACAACGCCAUCAAUUUUAUUCUUUACUGUGUAAGUGGUAAGAAGUUUCGCUCUUCGCUGGUGGACGUGUUCUGCGGAUCAAGACGGAGAAGGAACAUGCUAAAGGACUCCCGAACAUCACUUUCGACAUCAAGAUCAGUAUUGUCCGCAUCUGAUGUGAGCCAGACCAUGUGAACAACAUGACAAUCAAAUCAUCGAUUUUGUAUCAAUGUAGGGUCAAUGAACUUUGGAGGACUUUCCAUAGGAUCUAUGAAUUUAAUUAUAAUAAUGUACCUAUUAGAACCUCAUUACGUGAAAUAUCUGUUCUGUGUGGUUGGCUUUAGAUAUACAUUUCCCUCUCUCCCUCGAGAUACGCAGAAUUCAAACGAGGAGUGAUCAUGAAAUUCUCAUUACUCGCUAAACUGUAUUUAUAAUAUACUUGAGAUUGAAAUGUUCAUAAAAGUGCAAUGUGGAAUUAAUUUUAAUUCUUUUUUUGACAUUUUGUGUGAUCUUUACUGUAAGGUAAUUUAAUAUUAUACGAUCAGAGGAAGGGGUAAAAUCACUGUAAAAUUAUUUCAUGAAAUAUUAUCCUAUCACUAUAAAGUAUUCACACUUGUGUCCAAACUGUUCUCG